AUGGCUAAAAGCUUUCAGAGUAAGUGGAAAAGUGCUGAGAAAAGAAAGAAGAAUGUGCCAAGGGAGCUCUAUAAAUUUAAAAGUAUUCUCAAAGUUGAUGGUGAUGCUUUAAUGAAAGACACUAAAGAAAUAACAACUGUGGUGGUACACAAAUAUUGCCAGGAAGAAAUGCUGUAUGACACGGAUGAUGAAAAGGAUAAUAUGAAAAUGGAAACUGAAAUUGAGAGAAACAAAAAGACUCUUCUAGGCCAGCAUGGCCAGUACCUGGUAUGGAUGAACCAGAGGCAAAGAAAAAAACUGAAGGCCAAGAGAGAUAAGAAAUGGGGAAAAGUUAAGUAA